UUUAAACAGUUUUAUAUCUCAUCUGCACACUCUAAAAACGCACAGUCGAUAGACAUAUAGCAGUCGUAACAUCAGCUGCUCAGCUCAGCGUCUCUUCUGGAUUAAGACGCUGCUCUAUAGUGUUCUCGCACGGUUUAGCUCUUUUUGUGAUUUUUGUUUUCACUUUUUAAUUUGAUCGAAGUUUACUGUGUUUAGAAUUAUUCAUGGUCUCUUUUCCUAAGCUUGUUUGGCAUAAAAAUAGCGAAGAGUACAUGACUUCGUUCAGGACUACUUCUACCGUACUUUUUCCACUUGCGUUAACUUGGAGUUAAUACAUUUCAAAUAUCCCCAUACGGACAUCGCAUUAGAAAUCAACCUUCAACGUGUAACUUUUUUCUCUCCAAAAGUUUCUCCUCGCAGGAUUCUAAGAGGAUUCUGAAUGGAUAUGGCUUGGAUCAGAUGGAACCUUUUGUUUUCUAUAGGUUUGUUCGUUUCACCGGCGUUUGUAUCCAUGGAUCAGAGCGGCUUUAGGAGAUACUACGUGUUGCAACCGGGACCGAGCGGUACGGACAGGGUGCAUGUGAGCUCCAUUUCAUCCCGCUCGGGAGCCGCAGGACAACCGCAAACUUACAAUGUGGAACUGACGGCCAGCUUCGGCGGCCAGGUUCGGACCCGCAGGAUGGGCAAUCAGGCGACCCAGAGUAUCCCGCUCCGGCAGGACACACAGUUUGCGCAGCUCGCCCGACACACAAGUCACCAAGUUAAACUACCAGGGGUGAAUGUCUGUGGAGGGCAGUGCUGCCACGGAUGGAGCAAGGCCCCGGGAUCGCAGCGAUGCACCAAGCCCAACUGCUUCCCCCAGUGCCAGAACGGUGGUAUGUGCCUGAGGCCUCAGCUCUGCAUCUGCAAGCCAGGCUCCAAGGGCCAGGUCUGCGAGCAACCCGGCCCCUCCAACCCCGCCCUGCCUGGCAACGGGCACACCAAUGGGCACACCAAUGGGCACACCAAUGGGCACACCAACGGGCACACCAACGGGCACACCAAUGGGCACACCAACGGCCGCACCACUGUCCGCACCAUCAUCCCCCAGCGGCCCAUCCCCCAGCAGGCCUACCCACAACCCCACGGUCCAGCCCAGGUGCCCGGCGGUGCCAAUGUGGCGGCGAAGAUGACGGUGACCAUGAAGCAGUCUCCUCACGUCCUCCGGCAGCAGCCAUUCCAGCAACAGGUUCCACGGCAGCCCCUCUCCGUGACCAGGCAGCAGGGCCAGAGCCAGCAGUUCAUCCUGAAGCCCAAGUACUACCACACCACCCACACCCAGGUGCACCGCGUGGCCCCCCAGCCAGACAGACCCAUCCCCCUGUCUGUGGGCCACAGCCCCGUCCACGCCAUCGGGAACCAGACGGGCAGGAUAAAGGUGGUCUUCACCCCCACCAUCUGCAAGGUGACCUGCAUGGGCGGCCGCUGCCAGAACAGCUGUGAGAAGGGCAACACCACCACCAUCAUCAGCGAGAACGGCUACUCCACAGACACCCUCACCGCACCAAACUUCAGAGUGGUGGUCUGCCACCUACCCUGCAUGAAUGGUGGGAAAUGCAGUACCCGGGACAAAUGUCAGUGCCCGCCCAACUACACCGGCAAGUUCUGCCAAAUGCCCGUCCAAACUGGCAACCAUCGGCAACAACCAUCUGGGGGCCAGGCAGGACAAGUCCACUCCACGCACACCCUCCCCCUCACGUACAACAAUGGACAAAACCAGGUACCGUUCCCCCCCAACUUCGUGAACAUCCACGUGAAGCACCCGCCGGAGGCCUCCGUCCAGAUCCACCAGGUCUCCCAGAUGGACACCAGUGGCCAGAAGGUGAAGGGCUCCCAGUCGUCCACCCACCACACCUACCAGCACUCGGAGAGCAGCACCAGCCACAGCAGCCACAGCAAGAUCCAACAGCAGGGCCACACCAUCAUCUACCCCAACCAGCAGACCUACAUCCACUACCAGCAUCCCGUCACCUCCAAGAGCCAGCUGGGCCGCUGCUUCCAGGAAACUACAGGGGCCCAGUGUGGAAAAGCCUUCCCGGGGUUGGUGAAGCAGGAGGACUGCUGUGGAACAGGAGGCACGUCCUGGGGAUUCCACAAGUGCCAGAAGUGUCCCAAGAAGCCGUCCAUUCCUCUGACAGAUACGAGGUACCUCACAGAAUGCCCCCAGGGAUACAAGAAAGUCAACAACUCCUGCCAAGAUAUCGACGAGUGCCAGCACGUCCCAGGGUUCUGUCCCAACGGCGACUGCAUGAACACGCAGGGCAGCUUCCGGUGCAUCUGCCGCGCCGGGUUCAAGCCCGACGCCUCACUGACCGGCUGCAUCCCCGACACUCCUGCCGCCCCGGAGGAGAAGGGCGCUUGUUUCCGAUUGGUCGGCUCGGGGAAGCAGUGCUUGCACCCGGUGUCCACUCAGCUGAGCAAGCAGCUGUGCUGUUGCAGCGUGGGUAAAGCCUGGGGCCCCCGCUGUGACAAGUGCCCCCCACCCGGAACAGCUCUGUUCAAAGAGAUCUGCCCCGGUGGAAUGGGCUACCACGUCACGGGCCACAUCAAGCCUAAGCCACAGCCUCAGCCCCAGCCCCAGCCCCAGCCCAGACCCAGGCCGCCCUAUCAGGAACCAGUCCUGCCCCCGCUGCCCCUCCCCACUGCACAUAAGCCUGUGGAGGCACUGAGCGUGACCGAGAGGCAGCUUCCUGAUGAUGUACCAGUAGUCACAGUGGCCCCGGAGCAGGAGCUCGUUCUCCCAGGCGCUAAUAAUAGGUCAAUAGUUGAGCCCGGACAGCCCCAGCUUUCCCCAGGGGUAUCUACCAUUCGGAUGGAGCCAGCCUACCCAGAGGUUGUGGAGAAAACGUCCCCUCCGAUGCCUGUUGAGAUCCUGCCCUCCAGUGCUAGUCAAGGCAUCGCCCCCACACAGUUUGCAGAGGUGAAUGAGUGCCAGGUAAGACCUGACAUAUGUGGGCCUGGUAUCUGUUAUAACACACCGAAAGGCUACACCUGUCACUGUGACGAGGGACACCAGAUGGACGUAGAGCAAACUACCUGUGUAGACAUUGACGAAUGUGCCGAGAGGCCCCUGCUGUGUGCCAACGGCCGCUGCAUGAACACGGCCGGCAGCUUCCAGUGCGUGUGCCAGCAGGGCUUCAAGACUGAUGAAGAGGGAACCAGCUGCGUUGAUGUGGACGAGUGUUUGAGGCCUGGCGCGUGUGCAGACGACGGCUUCUGUGUCAACACCGCGGGCUCCUUCACGUGUCGGCGCUGCAGUGGCGGCUACAGGAUGGACCCAUACGGCCAGUGUGAAGACAUUGAUGAGUGUCUGGACAGGUCCAACUGUCCAUCAGGGCUGUGCUACAACACUCCUGGCUAUUUCGACUGUGAUCCCUGUCCAGAUGGCUUCGAGGGCAAGGAUGGCCAGUGUGUGGAUGUAGAUGAAUGCCUGGAUCCCUCUGCCUGUGCGAAUGGCAGAUGCUCCAACUUUGAGGGCUACUUCAUCUGCUCGUGUGAUGAUGGCUACGCACUGAGCCCUGAUGGCAGAUCCUGCACAGAUGUGGAUGAAUGUCAAGAUGACCAUGUGUGCACUAGGGGUCACUGCCAGAACACAGAGGGCUCAUUUGUGUGUAUCUGUGAGGCUGGCUUCAGGUUGUCUGCUGCUAUGGACCAGUGCGAUGAUGUGGACGAGUGCCAGGAGCUGUUCGAGGCGUGUGACGGCGUCGGCGUGUGCGUCAACAACAUGGGCUCCUAUCUCUGCAGUUGCUCCGAGGGCUACCAGCAGGUCAACGGCACCAGCUGCCAAGAUGUGAACGAGUGUAUAGAUGACCCAGACCUGUGUGGAGCUAACGGGGAGUGUCUGAACGUGGAGGGCUCCUUCCAGUGUAUAUGUGAUAGCGGCUUCACCUUAAAUCAAGGAACAAACACCUGUGAAGAUGUGGAUGAGUGCUUGCAGGGCAUCAGGUGCGAAGGUGGCAUCUGCCUCAACACCAGAGGCUCAUUCAUAUGCGAGUGUGAUAGGGGCUUCCGACUUCAGGCCGACAACCGCACGUGCCAGGAUAUCAAUGAGUGCGAGGAGCUGGCCGCCGGCAUCUGUGGCGCGUGGCAGUGUGAGAACACGCUGGGCUCCUUCACGUGUGUGGUGAGCUGCCCGCCGGGCCACACCCGAGACCCCCAGGGGUCGUGUGUGGAUAUCGAUGAGUGCAGCCAGAACGAGACCCUGUGCGGAAGCCCGGACUUCUGUGAGAACAUCGCCGGCUCGUUCCGCUGCCACUGCGACCGAGGCUUCCAGGACACGCUGGACGGCCGUGGCUGCGUGGACGUGAAUGAGUGUGUGCUGCUGGCCGGUGUGUGUGGCGAGGCCACCUGUGAGAACGUGGAGGGUUCUUUCCUGUGUGUGUGUCCCAAUGACAACCAGGAGUACAACCAGAUGACCGCCAAAUGUGUCCCCAUUCCCCCAGCCCCUUCGGUGGAGAGAAAGGAGUGUUACUACAACCUGAACGAUGAGAACCUGUGUGACAACGUGCUGACCAGCAGCGUGACCCUGCAGGAGUGCUGCUGUACACUGGGCGCCGGCUGGGGAGACAACUGUGAGGUCCACCCCUGUCCCGUCCCAGGCACAGAUCAGUUUGCCAAGAUGUGUCCAGCAGGCAAGGGCAGCAUUCCCAGUGGAGACGAUGUGUUUGGAGUGGCCUCAGUGGAUUCCUACAAAGAUGCGGAUGAAUGUGCCCUCUUCGGCUCCGAGAUCUGCAAAGGGGGCUUCUGCCUCAACAUGCCGGAGACGUACGAGUGCUACUGCAAGGCCGGCCUGUUCUACGACGAAGUCAAGCUGGAGUGUGUGGACACGGAUGAGUGCCUCGAUGAGUCUAAUUGUGUGGGGGGGAAGUGUAUGAACACACCAGGCUCCUACAAUUGUUUCUGCCCUCCCCCAAUGAUGUUGAUGGAUAAACGCUGUGUCUUUGCCCCACCUGUGGCAGAGCACAGAGAACAGGACACCUUCCAGGGCCUUUGUUGGCAGACGGUGACAGACCUGACCUGCAACGACGUCCUGCCCAACAAGAGGACCACGUACACCGAGUGCUGCUGUCUGUACGGAGAGGCGUGGGGCAUGGACUGCGCACUCUGCCCCAUGAAGGACACAAAGGACUAUGCCUCCAUGUGUAACGUGCCCUUCAGUGGGGACAGGCGGCCAUACGGUCAGGAUGCGUUGGUUGCCGGGCCUGUGCAGGAGUAUGAGGUCAGCCCCGACUACCAGCACCGCCCUGACUACUUGCCCCGCCCCCACAGUCAGGAACAGACGCAAGGCUCUCACACUCUCCCCCUAUACGAGGAUGAAGACACUCCGUACGACGCCUUUGAGGGCCUGCGGGCGGAGGAGUGCGGCAUCCUGAACGGCUGUGAGAACGGGCGCUGCGUGCGUGUGCAAGAGGGCUACACCUGCGACUGCUUCGACGGUUACACCCUUGACAUGUCCCGCAUGGCCUGCGUGGACGUGAAUGAAUGCUCCGAGCUCAACAACCGAAUGUCCCUGUGCAAGAACGCCAAGUGCAUCAACACGCAGGGCUCCUACAAAUGCCAGUGUCUGCCGGGCUUCGUCCACUCGGAGCGGCCCAACUACUGCGUGCCUAAGGAGCAGGCGCCAGCUCCAGUCAGCGACUCGAGGGAGUGACCCUAAGUGCCCAGCAGAGGGCGCCACAAACACUAAAACACUUAUUUAAUCCAAGCCCAUAUAUUCUGCACUGUAUAAAACAAAACUAAAACAGAAAAUGAGAAAAAGAACAAAAAAAAAUAAGAAUUCAAUCAUACUUGAGAUGAAGACCUGAUUACAAAAUGCGAUGUGGUUUCUGUGGGGAGAGGAGAGAGCAGAAUUGUAUAAAAUGUUUUUUUGUUUUUUUUUCUUUUGUAAGGUUUUCUUGAAUUAGAAGGAGCUUUUGAAGCACGAGUGGGACGAUGGGUCUCCUGGUGCACCGACAAACCCUAUGAACUGUUGCUGGGGGAUGAUGUUUGUGUUUUAUUUACCCAGUCAAAAACACCUUGCGUGUGGUUACUUUACAGAGCAAAGAGGCCAGCCAAUUGUUUCCUCCUUUCACCCUUCUCACAUCUCUCUCUAUCUCUCUCUAUCUCUCUUCCAUCCAUCACUCUCUCUCUCUCUCUCUUCCCUCCAUCUCUCUCUAUCUCUCUCUAUCUCUCUCUUCCCUCUUUCUUCUCUGUGGUGGCCUUAGUAGUCUGGCUGGCAGGUAGGAAAGGUGAAAGGUCGCUUACUCCAUGGUGUCACAAACGCAUACAGAAUGCACAACACUGUAUUGUGUUAUUAAUGUAAAUUCCUUGAAAAUAAGCUCUCUUUUUUUCUUGGCAGUCUUGUAUGAUGAUAAAUGCAAACAUGAAAACUACUUCUCUUUGUCUGGGACAUUGGACAAUUGCUUUUUAAUUUUUUUUAUUUUUUAAAUGUUCCCUCUUUCUCUCCUUCUCACUCUCUGUCCUCCCUCUUUCUCUCUCUCUCUAUCUCUCUCUCUCUCUCUGUCUGUCUGUCUCUGCCUCUCUCUUGCUUGUCUGCCCUGUGGAGCAGUUGUGUUCUGUACACUUUUGUUUUUAUUUCUUAGAAUUAUUGUUUUUAUCAUGUGGAGAAAAGAAAAAAAAACAUGAAAUGAAGUGUUUCUUUAUAUUUUUUCAUACUUAAAAAAAAACUUUCUCAGCAUUUUCACUGCAAUGUCUAAACGUCUUGCCAGGUUGCAAAGCUGCUAUGGGAUAGCCGUGGGAGUAAAUUUUGUACAUUUAAACAGAAGAGUUGAUAAAAACCAAUUUAUGUAUUUUUAAUUUGUACAUGAAUGAAUAGCUCUUGUAUGGAAUAUCCGUAUUAUGUAUAUUAAACCUCUUCUAAUAAAUCACAAAUUGUGAUAUUUAUACUGA